AUGUCGACGUCCCUUGGAAUUAGUGCCACGUCAGCGCCACCCACGCCCGCGUCAGCAGCUGACGUGGCGACGCAGCAGCGGCUGCUCGAGCUGGCAGGGGCGACGAUUCAGAGGAAUGCGCAGAGCGAGGGAGAGGCAUGCCGUGCCGUGCUGCAUGCCCCACUCCAUGCCACUCACCCUCUCCUCCCCUCUUUCUCCUCCGUUUCUCACCCGCUUUCGCCCCGUUUUCGCCCUGCUCUCCCCUCCUCCCCCUCCUCCCCUAUCCCCCUCUCUCUCCUCCUCCAAAUAUUCGGACCUUUUUCAGGUGUUUUUCACAGCGGCGGACGGGCAGACGCAGGUGGGCAUCAAGGUGCUCCAGGGGGGGAGGGAGAUGGCGGCAGGCAACAAGCUGCUGGGGCAGUUCGACCUCGUCGGCAUCCCCCCCGCGCCCAGAGGCAUGCCGUGCCGUGCUGCAUGCCCCACCACUCCAUGUCACUCACCCUCUCCUCCCCGCUUUCUCCUCCGUUUCUCAUCCCGCUUUCGCCCCGAUUUCGCCCUGCGCUCCCCUCCUCCCCCUCCUCCCCUCUCCCCUUGUCUCUCUUCCAAAACUUCAAACCUUUUUAG